AAGAGACGUGGCAAAAAAUAUCACAGCAAAAUGCCAGCUAGUUCCAUGCAACUUCUUUGCUACAUUCUGGAUUAACACAUAGUUUUAUACUCCGAGGUGUCAUCUGGGACCAUCAGAGACCCUACAUUCCUCUGCUUUAAAGACAGGUCAUGGGUCUCUGCAAAUGUCCUAAGAGGAAGGUGACCAACCUAUUCUGUUUCGAGCAUCGUGUCAACGUCUGUGAACAUUGCCUAGUGUCUAAUCACAACAAGUGCAUAGUGCAGUCAUACCUACAAUGGCUACAGGACAGCGACUACAACCCCAAUUGCUCCCUCUGCAACAACCCACUCAAUGCGCAGGACACUGUGAGACUGGUUUGUUAUGACUUGUUUCACUGGUCAUGCCUCAAUGACCUGGCUGCAACGCUACCCCUGUAUACGGCCCCAGCUGGGUACCAGUGCCCCUCCUGUCAGGGCCCUGUCUUCCCCCCAUCUAACCUGGCCAGCCCGAUCGCAGACACCCUGAGGGAGCAGCUGUCCUCAGUCAACUGGGCAAGAGCCGGCCUGGGCCUGCCUCUGAUUGAAGAGGCACCAGAGGCACAGGACACCACACAAGAUGUCACAGAUUACAAUGACUGGUCCACAUUUGACACACCUGCCGCGGAACCCAUUGCAACCUAUGCUGCGACAGCAUAUCCCUCACACACAUACGAGCCAGAGCCGGCCCCCUCCUCUGCCCAGCUACAAGAGGAGGAGUUGAUGGUCCAGACCAACGGGAGACAUACGACUACUACUACUACUACAGCGGAACACUCUGUCGUCAAUAUGAUGGCUGCCUCCACCAGUGACUCUAUUACGAUAAGUUCAGCCUCAUCUCCAAGAAAGGUAUAUGACACACGAGACUCUGGCUCCACUGUGACUCAGAUCGACUUUGAUGACGAUAAGUACCGGCGGCGUCCAACUCUGAGUUGGUUUGCGCAAAUCCUCAAGAAUCGCAUGGGUGGCAAGAGGAAGGCCCUGACACUGAAGCAGAGGGUCUUCAUGCUACUGCUAGUGGGUGUGAUCGGAUUCUUCACCCUCAUCAUCAUCAUGGCUAAACUGGGCCGUGCCUCUGCAGACUCCGACCCCAACCUGGAUCCUAUGCUUAACCCCAACAUCCGGGUGGGUCCCAUGUGACUGGUUCUCUCUCUCUGUCCGUCUUCGUCUCUCUCGAUCUCUCUUCUUCUCUGCUGCACCUCCCGGGUCCACGGUAUAGAGAUCAAGUGCUAACUAGCUAGCCGCAGGAGUUCUUCAAAAGCUUUUUUGUACUGUUUUGUGGAGCACAGCGAAGCAAGAGAGGAACUCUGCCUCCUCUGGACCACCACGAGUUGGAGACCAAGCAAGGCUCCCUGGCUGGAAUGUGUCGAUACAGGGCAGGGGGCAGUGCUGCUUCCACGGAGGCCGCACGGAGAUAUUUACAGAUAUAUUAUCAAUACUUCCAGCACCUAUUUACGUUGUUUUUUCCCCCUGAACACAGUCAUGUCUACAACAACACUAUUAUCCCUUUUUUGGGUUAUGAGCUCUUUAUGCACAUGGGUUUUCAUUUACUGUCUGCAACUCAUCGGGUUGGAAAUGUGUCUUCUGAUUACACAGGUCAAUAUCUUUUUCAUGAGGGAUAUGUUUUUUGUUUUGUUUUUGUUUUAAAUCCCACUUUUAAACCCAUGUUGUGCUAUUGAUCAUCUCUCCUAUUUUAUGCCUACUGAAUUCUUUUAUGUUUUCCGUCUUGUCUCAUUAUUUUUUCUUGUUGCAUCCUACAUGGGUUAAAUUCCUGGAAAUGUAAAAGACAUUUCUCCUGAUUCAGUACGUUGAGGAAGUACAUCAUUGUAAACUUGUUUACUUUGCACCAACAACUAGACUAUAUUAACCAUAGUGCAUGGUUUUAUUCAGGCUAUAAAUUCUAUCUGGUAUGUUGUGAAUAUAUGUAACUUAUUUCAGAAAAUAUUCAAGGCAAUCCAAUCGUCUUAUGGGAGAACAAGAGAACAUUACAAUAAAAUGCCUUUAAUUUUGGUCUUAAAUGGUUCCAAAUUAGGUCUUGCUUGGAGAACUCAUUCAGAGAGAUUCAUUGUAAUGUUCACGUACACUUUGGCUAGUUGGACGUUUCAUUGUGAAAUGUAGAAACGGUUAUUCUUCCCUCGCCACCUAAUCAGAUUUUUAAAAAUCACAGCCAUGGCUAUGAAACACAGAGAUAAAUUGCACACUUCCAUUUCAGUUUUUUUUUUUUUUUUUUAAGUUUAGUUUAUGAAGUUAAUUUAUGCUGGGUUCUGUGUUUUUAAAAUGACUGACCCUCGGCAAGAAAAGGACAUUUUCUUCACGUUUCUGCUAUUAAAUAAUGAAAUUUCCAUA